GUUAUUUAAAAGUUUAUACCGUGCGCAGCUUCGAUGGGUUGGGUUGGAUGUAGUCUGUCUACUUAUAAAGAGGCUCAGAAGUUGGUUGAGAAUCUUCUCUUUGAAAAGAUGGAGAACCCUGAAAUACUUGCUGCUCGAGAUUUGAUAAAAUUUAAUCAUGUCUUCAAGUGGAAUCGAAACAUGCUAAGAAUGCUUGGCAUCUGGCCCAUCGACUCUGAAGAAACGUCGACGAUUGAACGUUUCGUAACUUUUCUUUUAACUUUGAACUUGGGAGUUGUUAUAAUCGCGGAAUGGACAGACUUGGUAUCGAUUUGGGGCCAGUUCAAUCCAAUGCUCGAUAAUCUGACUGCUAAUAUGGGUGGCUCGUUGUCACUGGUUAAGCUCUUUAUCAUUCUGUGGAAUUUCGAUACACUUCGUCACGUUAUUGCCAAAGUUCGUACCGACUGGUCUGCCUUUUACACUGCUCAGGAAUUUCAGCUGAUGAUGGGUCGAGCCAGGAUUGGUCGAUUAUUCUCGAUCGUGGGUCCUGCAUUCGCAAUAGCGGCAGGUUUGUCCUUCGCAUUGACGCCUCAGGUGAUUUGUAGACAGGCGGAAAAUGGCACGGAAAUAAUGUAUCUACUACCUUUGAGGUCCAAGUACUUUUACGACGUGACAUCCGCGCCGGUUUACCAAUUUAUUUACCUUUCUCAAACGGUUUCUUGCUGCACAGCCUCGGCGGCAUAUGCCGCCAUUGACUGUUUUUUCGCAGCCCUGGCGCUCCACGUUUGUGGCCAACUCGACAUACUUAGUCAUACGAUUCGGGGCGUACGUAAAAGCGAUCCAAUGAUUCGAAACAUCGUUGAACGUCACUUGCGGCUGGUCAAAUACGUCGAGGAUUUGGAAAGCAUUUAUUCAACUAUUAUUUGCGGCCAACUGCUUGUCAGUUCUUUGGCUAUAUGCAGUAUAGGAUACAAGUUCAUUAUGUCAUUGGACAGCGGCUAUGCUGCAGAUGUUGGAAAGUUUACAUUCUACUUCAUCGCAAUGCUUAUGCAAAUAUUUCUCUACUGCUACUCUGGGCAGUGUUUAAUCGAUGAGAGCAUUCGAUUGAGUGAAGCUGCCUACGAAAGUCCAUGGUACGAUAUGAAAGGAUCUGAUGCCCGGGCUUUUAUGUUGAUGCAGGCUAGAGCUCAGGCACCUUUUAAAAUCACGGCUUUGAAAUUCUGCGUCAUGUCACAUUCGUGUUUUGCCAAUGUAAGAGUUAGUUGACAUUCUUACGAUAACACAUAUCCAUUCGACUUUUGCAGGUAUACUAAAAGUAUACCAAAAGACAUACAUGCUAUGCGGUAGUAUUGAAUUCCUUCUUCACAUUGGUGUUACAAUUUUCAGAUACUUCGGACCUCUGGAACUUAUUUUUCCGUACUUCGAGCAAUAAAAUGAAUUACACGGAGAUUUAAAGAUCAGUUUUAGGAGGUAUGUUGUAUCAUAAAAUAUUUAUUUUCACGAGGGUAAAUGUGUGUAUGAGUUAUAAAACUGUGGUCAUCAAU